GACCACACGCGGCGGUGGCAGUGGUACUAGUAUAACUAGUCGGAGCCCUCGGCCCAGUAAAAAUUAGUACCAGUGGCGGUGUGGUGUGCCGCUCGUCAUCACUCGUCAGUGGACGAGGAGGAGGCGGGCGAUACAGCAGGGGGCGGCGGGGAGGCGGAUGCGGGAGGUCCCCCGCGGGGUCGCCGGACGAGAUGGACACGCCGGAUAGGCCCCGCGCCGCCGCCGGGUUCGAGGACUCUCCUGUCUUUAAUUUCAUCAACAAUCUCUCACCUAUACCACCACCUAAACCUUCAGACUCAGCACAUAAUGUGCAGCUUUUCAAGUCAUCGGACUUGGCACCUGUUUCUUCAAUCUUUGCAUCACCACAUGUCAAUCCAGCAAAGGAACCUAAACUUCUGAUCAGGGAUGAUUCUGUUCAACUUGCUGAAGAAACACACUCGCCCAAUAGUGUGAGAACUCGGAUAGGAACCUCAAGCUCUAUUAGAUUGAUUAGAUGCAGAAACAUUGUUUCAGAGAAUUGUAUUAUCUCUUGUCAACUAAAUGAGGCUACUAUUGAUUCUUCAGAUAAUAAAUCACAAUCUGAAAGUAAAUUGCCUCAGUCCAUCAAGAAUGGUGUUGACAGUGUGGAAAGUGGCAAGAAUCAAUGUGCUGAUGUUAAAACAGACCUUACUAUAUCCCAGGAGUGUACAGACCUAGAAGGCAUUAUCCUUGAUCAGAGUGGCCCAGACAAAAUGGACUCAUUACAUUCUGGGAAAGAUGUUCGUGAAAACCAGCUAUCUGAACAAGAUAAGGGUAAACUCGCAGCAUAUAAUGGGGAUUACAUGAUUACACACCAAUCAUGUAGUGAUAUGCUGACAUUAGCUGUGCCAUUUGAGGCGGAAACACAGUUAGUGAAUGAUACACUGAAAAGUGAUAAUUCCUACUCUUGUAAAUCCUUGAUGAAUGGCGAGUCAAGUGGCUGUUACAUCCAAAAUUCUGUGCAUGAGCCUCAUCUUUACUGGGCUGGAGCAGUUGAAGGGGCUGCAGUAGAUUAUACUCCCCAAUUGCUCCCUGGUGCUAUGCAAAGUCAGUGGAUGCCAAAUGAUCAGAUUUGUAACGAGCACGAUGAGCCCAGUGAUUACAUGCCAACCGAGCAAAAUGCCUUGCCACAGCAUUUACGUGGCAUGCGUAGGCGCAGCCUUUUCAACGAAAAGGCUGAGAUUACUAAUAAAAGUGCAAAUAAAGCUUCAGAUCGUCAUUCAGUAAGUUCAACAACCCCCAAAGGCAAAACUAUUUCUGGUGACAACAAUUCAAAGCCUAUGAGAACCCCUCCAUGUGCAUUGCCUGGUAUUGGCUUGCAUUUGAAUGCCCUUGCCACAAUACCAAAAGACAAAAUAGUCCCUCAAGACACUCAAUCUACUAUAAAUCAAUCCAGCAACUUACCAUGCACUGUUGGAUCUUCUCCACCGCAAUCUGAACAAAAUAUUAUAAAUGACGAUUUCGCUCAAACAACGAAUGUCGCAAGUGCUGAAGAUUCUGAUCAGGGUGGUCCCAAGAAGAAAAGGCACAAGUUUGACAAUACUGAUGGCACUUCGUGCAAGCGUUGUAGCUGUAAGAAGUCAAAAUGCUUGAAACUUUACUGUGAGUGUUUUGCGGCUGGGGUCUAUUGUUCGGAGCCUUGUUCAUGUCAAGGCUGUCUGAAUAACCAGAGUCAUAUGGAAACAGUUCUAUCUACUCGAGAGCAGAUUGAAUCUCGCAAUCCAUUAGCAUUUGCUCCUAAAGUAAUUCACACAUCUGAGCCGGGCCAUGAAAUAGGGGACUACUCCAACAAAACUCCUGCUUCAGCUCGUCACAAAAGAGGCUGCAACUGCAAGAAGUCGUCGUGUCUAAAAAAAUACUGUGAAUGUUUUCAGGGUGGUGUGGGAUGCUCCAUGAGUUGCAGAUGCGAGGGCUGUAAGAAUGCUUUUGGAAGAAGGGAGGGAGUUGCUAUGCUAAGCAUAGAGGAAGCUAAGCAGCCAUUAGAAGAAAAGAAUGCGGGUGUGAAAGAAGAAAAAUGUGAAAACGAUAAACAUCUUGUUAUCUAUCAAGGUACUGAUCCUGCUCCAGCGGAAAAUGUACUGACAACGCCAAUUGUGGUGGACUGCAGACCCUUGGCUGCUCUUCCACCCCCAAGUUCCAAGAACAAGAAGCCACGAUCUUCGACAAAACUCACUGGACAUUCUUCUUGGCUGUGCAAUCACCAAGCUCCUCAGAAGUCUGACAUUCAGCUCUCCCCAUUCGAAAGCUGUCCAGAAAUGGUUAUUGGGACUAACACGUCAGAUAUCCUGAAAGGGAAUUCAUCUCCUCAAACUUCUAUCAAGGUUGUGUCGCCUAAUAAGAAGAGAAUCUCUCCCCCGCGGAUCGGUACCGGAUUGUCUCCAAUCUGUAAGAGUGGCAGGAAGUUGAUCCUCAAGUCCAUCCCUUCUUUCCCUUCUCUCGGUGGUGAAGUAAACAAUGAUGAUCCAAAGAGCAAGUUGCCAGCCCCCUGAUUCACCACCAUUUGGCAUUUGCGGCUCUUUCCUUAUUUACCUGUUGGUUCCCCAGAUUGCCAAUGUUUGGCAGGCUGCAUCAGAGUUGAUUUCAUGAUCAAACUAGCGAGUUUUGUUUCGUCGAUUCCGUUUUGAUGUUGAUUAAUUGCUAUUAUGCUCCGUUCAAUAAUCCACUGUAUGUUGUCCGGAAACCCUGCUCAGGAGCCUCCAGUGACAUUUGGUAUGCUGGUAAUUAUGUCCAGAUUUGAGGUUCUAUUGCUGGGUUGCCUAUCGGUGUCUGUCUGUAUAAUUUCAUGUCUUUUAUGUUCCUGAGAUCAAACUAUUAAGACUUAUAUGUACUUGGGAUAAAAAAUGUGACACUUAUGUAUUUGAUGACCAAACUGUUAAACUUAUGUCGUUCCAUGUUCUUGAGGUCAAA